AAAAAAAAGAAAAAGCGAAGACCAGAAAGUGAGGACUUAAAAUUAUAAAUGAUGGCUCCCCAUGUCUCAGAAGACAAUGGAUGCUCCCAUUAGAUCUAUAAAUACGAAUUAGAAAAAAAGAUGACUUCCGUUAGAAGUUUUUAUUAUUGACGUCUGAAACUAACAUGACUAGCUAGCUCUAUUGACUAUUAGACUUUAAUUUACAGUCUGGUAUAUAAACGCUAGAUAUUUCAUCACGAUUCAAGGAAUCUUAGCCACUUACAUGGAAAGAGUUAACUGUGGUGGAGACUACCGUUUGGGUCUAUCUAAGAUCAAGAAGCAUGUGAUUGUCUGUUCUACAACAUUAACUCUUGACAGCCUGAUAGACUUCCUGAAUGAGUUUUAUGGUAAUCCUAACUUAGAGGACAGAUGCUAUCUCUGCCUUAUGGGAGCCCUACAACUUGAUCUAGGUGGAGCACCUGCAGGUCCAGCUGGUACUGGAAAGACUGAAACAACUAAAGAUUUGGCUAAAGCUUUGGCUAUAUGGUGUGUAGUGUUUAAUUGUUCAGACAGCUUGGAUUAUAAGAUGAUGGGAGGAUUCUUCUCUGGGCUAGCACAGUCAGGGGCCUCUUGCUGUUUUGAUGAGUUCAACCGAAUCAAUAUUGAAGUUUUAUCUGUUAUUGCUCAACAACUUAUUACUAUCAGAAAUGCCAAAGUAGCUAAGCUCAAUAGGUUCAUGUUUGAAGGGCGUGAGAUCAAACUGGUUCAUACAUGUGCAGCCUUCAUCACUAUGAAUCCUGGUUACGCUGGACGGACAGAAUUACCUGAUAAUUUACAGGCUUUGUUUAGACCUAUAUCAAUGAUGGUACCAGAUUAUGGUCUGAUUGCUGAAGUUAUCUUGUACUCAGAAGGAUUUGAGUCCACCAGAACAUUAGCCAAGAAAAUGGUUCAAAUGUACAAACUGUGUAGUGAACAACUCUCGCAACAAGAUCAUUAUGACUUUGGUAUGCGAGCUGUUAAAUCUGUCCUGGUUAUGGCUGGCAGUUUAAAAAGACAGAAUCCUGACAAACCGGAAGAUGUAGUUCUGAUUCGAGCGCUUCGUGAUAGCAAUCUUCCAAAGUUUUUGUUCAAUGAUGCUAAACUGUUUCAAGCCAUACUUUCAGAUCUUUUUCCUGGUGUUAACAUACCAGAACAUGAUUAUGGCCAGCUGAAAGAUGAGAUCAUGAACAUCCAACUAGAAAUGAAGCUCCAAGUGGUGGACACGCAAGUUGUGAAAGUGAUACAGUUCUUGGAGACUAUGAUUGUCAGACAUGGUGUUAUGCUAGUUGGACCAACUGUGGGUGGAAAGACCACAAUUUACAGGGUAGUGUAUUACAUUUGUAGCCAUUCUAAUUGUAGUGGUUUAGAGCCACUAACUUAA